GCUUUCUCAAUGGAAAUACAAGACAUCACCAAUCAAGUCAAUUCACUUGCUCUGGCCAAAACAGCCCAUGCCCUUACCAAACUAAAGUUGAGAACAUAUACACAAGGCAACAGAGCGGGGAAACAUUUGGCCACCCUACUUAAAAAGCAGCAAGCCCAAUCUAAAAUCCCGCACUUAGUCACCACCUCGGGCGACAAAAUAUACAACCCGCAAGACAUCAACGACA